GCCCCCCAUCCAACACUGCGUUUGGGGAAGGCCACCGCACCUCGUCCUGUGCCUCGCGGCGCUCUAUCACGCUCAGUGCCCAAGCAUGACUUCCGUAUCUGCCUUUUCCUACUUAUCUGUCUCCGUCGGCCUGCUCUGGUCGCUUCUAUUCCACGGGAGUGCCGUUGGAUAGACCUUGGGAGGGCUGCCAAAUUUCCUGGACCCUGGGGAUCCCGCGCUCCACCUCGUCUAUCAUUACUAGACAAAGGCCCACCUCACGCUCGCGAUCCUCUCAUCUGCCCAUAUAAGACUGCCCCGGUGCCCACCACCAUCUUUCUAAUUCGCGCUCCAACAUGGUCUGGUUCAGCAGGUCGAAGAACAAAGAAGACGAAGCAAACACUGCGGAAGACGGCCGCGAUGUGUCACCGGACGGCACUCUCACGGAGAAGGAGCGGUACGCGCCCAGGAAGUCGCGUCUGGGCAUCCUGAGCGCCGACACCGACGAGGUGCCCGGCUCUGUGAUUCUGCUCUCCGGCGCCACCAAGCGCAACGAGCCCCUCGGUCUGCACCACGCCCACGCCCGCACCUCCGCCUCUUCGCUCCCCUCGCCCUAUGGCCCGCCGCGCAGGAGCUUCGAAGCCGGCUCCAGGAGCUCUUCCAGGGCACGCCCCAGGCCGGCCGAGAAGAAGCGCACAAAGGACGGCAGGUUCAUCUUGGAACCGCAGCCGGACGACUCUGCAAAUGACCCUCUCAAUUGGCAGCAGCUGCGCCGAGACGUUGCCUUGAUAUCGCUGGGCUUCUACUGCAUGGUUGGCGGAGGCAUGACACCCUUGCUCGCUGCAGCCUUCAACGACAUCUCGCAGACCUUCGACGUGUCCGUUCCCCAGGUCGCUUUAACAACGGGACUUUACAUGCUAGGCUUGGGCUUUGGCAGCAUAGUAGCUUCGCCUACCGCAAUCCUGUGGGGCAAGCGGCCGGUCUAUCUAGGUGGCAUUAUCCUUUUCCUGCUCUCCUCCGUAUGGUGCGGACGAGCGCAGACAUAUGCCUCGCUUGUCGUCGCUCGUAUCCUCCAAGGCUUCUCCGUCUCGCCUGUGGAAUGCUUGCCCUCGGCGACUGUUGCCGAGAUUUUCUUCCUCCAUGAGCGCGCCUACCGGCUUGGGAUCUAUACUUUACUAUUGCUGGGUGGCAAGAAUCUGAUUCCCCUCGUCAGCGCUGUUAUCGUUCAGGCGAUGGGUUGGAGAUGGGUAUUUUGGAUUGUCGCUAUUACUGUUGGCUUCUGCUUUUUCCUCAUCUUUUUCUUCGUGCCAGAGACUUUUUGGGAUCGCGCGCCGCGACCGAGGGACAGAACACGAACGCGAAGUACCAGCCCCGGGAAACAUCACCAGCAUCUCCGACUACCGUCGCUGCCGAGGCAUCCUCGUACCCCAGGGCAGCAUCUGAAUCAUGAGGACCAAACCGAACCAUUGUCUCCUACGGUGCUUACGCCUGCGCCCGACACUCCUAGGCGUCCGCCCAAGGCUUUGAGGGUAGGAUUCGCCGACGAACCAGCACGUGAAACACCCAGCAAUCCGCAGCUUCAUGGACCACCCACCACUACCCCUGAUGAGGGACCUGCCCAGGACUACUUCUCACUUGGUCGAAGAGGAUCCGACUCAAAAGGCAGCCGUCCGGCCAAUUCGGAUGGAAAAGACUUCGGUCGCGACCUAGAGAAGCAGACCUCCCUCCCUGCCGAUGGACCGACCGGAGUAUCCGGAGCGCCUCAGGGGCAUGUUAAUGGGGAUCAGGUGUCAGAACAAUUCUCCAUCCAUUAUACGGACUACUACCGCGAUGCGCCUCCGAAGUCCUAUCGCGAGUCGCUGAAGCCCUGGAAUGGCCGCUUAGCCAAAGACAAGUGGCUCCGUGUGGCCGCUCGGCCCUUUAUCCUCUUUGCGUAUCCUGCGGUGCUCUGGUCGUCGCUUGUCUACUCCCUCGCGGUAGGCUGGCUUAUCGUCCUAUCAGAGUCCGUAUCCCACAUCUACCGGACCCGCGAAACUUACAACUUCACAGCCUUGCAAGUCGGCUUGGUCUACGUUUCACCGUUCAUCGGCGGGAUUCUAGGUACUGCAAUCGCCGGAAAGUUUUCCGAUAUUGUUGUUCGCUUCAUGGCUCGCAAGAAUGACGGCGUCUACGAACCGGAAUUUAGGCUCCUCAUGGCUAUUCCAAUUGCCAUCAGCACAGUCAUCGGCCUCAUGGGGUUUGGAUGGAGCGCCGAAGAGAAGGAUUCGUGGAUCGUGCCAACCAUUUUCUUUGGAGUCAUCAGCUUCGGAUGUUCCCUCGCUUCUACAACGGCGGUCACCUUUGUGGUAGAUUCAUACAGACAGUACGCCGGCGAGGCAUUGGUAACCCUCAACGUCUGCAAGAAUAUCCUUCAUGGCUUCGUCUUUUCCCUCUUCUUCACCCACUGGCUCGAGGACAGCGGUCCCAAAAAGACCUUCAUCGCCGUCGGCGGCAUCCAGAUGGGCUGUAUGCUCUUCUCGAUCCCUAUGUACAUAUAUGGCAAGCGUGCUCGGAUGUGGACUGUGCGCAACAAUCUCAUGGAGAAGUUUUAGACGGGAGGAUAUCAAGGGCUGAUAUCCAUCGAUCGCUUAUCUAACGACCUCACGACCUUGGGCAUGUUCGGGGCGUGUAUCCUGGCAUUUUCGGCGUUAUUGGGUCAGCAUCUGAGGAAAUUGGCGCUGGGUCUGCUCUUUCCUAAGACAUCUGCAUUCUAAAUUUAGAAGCAUAGGUUAUGAUCUGAUGAGCAUGCCAUAGACGGGCAAUAGCAUAAGUAGGUUUGCGCAACCAAUGAGAAUUCUACCAUC